AUGAAGAAUCGCUAUUUUCUUCUUGAUGAAACGAUCCCGGCCAAAGAGAUCAGUCGGAUGAUGUGCCGAGUGGUGGUAGAUAAACUGCUGCCACUCCACCACUUUGCCCCCUCCGAGCCCUCGUCGACCGAAGAACCUAGCCAUCACACAAACGAUAUAAUUCCUGAUAUUCUCCCCGAGCCUUUCAUCUCCACAUCCAGGCAGGAUUUUGUCACAAGCGUGCACCGCUCGGCCAUUGUGUCAACCCUAACCACUUAUCUGGGAUUGGAUCUCUCUCGUGAGGAUCAGCAAAGUGUCUCCCUGCAUAGCGAGUCGGUCAAAAGAUUUACACUCUCUAAUCCAGCAAACCAAUUCGACCGGUUGGUUGCUAAUCCGCUUUAUGCCCGGGAUGUCUUCAACCUCUUGCAGAAGGCCCGGCUUGGAAAGGCUUACCUUGUCGUUGGCUUCCUCACAGUCACCGGUGCCGUGUGGCAGCACAAGCGAAACCGAGAGCACUCUGAAGGGGGUAGAAUCAGUGUGCCGGCUAAGCGAAGUAAAGGUCAUCAUCUGACUUUCGGACACGAUGACGAUGAAGUAGAGCCAGGCUCCGAUAAGGAAGAUGCCAUCGAGGAGGGCAAGAUAAUUAUCGUUUAUGAUGAUGAUGUCGAGGAACCAAAUACCUCCCGUGUGUAUGAGGCGGGAGAGUUUGCGCUGAAUUAG